UCCCUCGUUCCCUCGUUUUCUGCUUCUCUCUCUUCCCUCCCUUCUCUAUUCUGUUCCCCUUUCCCCCCUCCUUCUCCCUCCUCGCCAACCCGGUAGUAACCCCACCCACCGCCCGCCUCCAGCCUCGCGGGUCCCCGCCCCGCCUUGCCGGAACCCUAGCUCCGGCGCGUGCCCCGGCCUCCCCAGCCACCUAUCGGUUCCGGGGGCCCCGCGCCCCUCGGCUCGAUCGCGCGAGAUCCGGAGCCGCCGCCGGCCGGGCGCAGAAGCCAUAUGUCGGGGGUCGGCAGCGGCAGGCCGCCGGCAGCCCAGAAGAUCCUGCAGUCCCUGCGACCGCCGCUGUCCUUCUCCACGCCGUCGCGGCCACCCUUCGCCGCGCCCGACGACUACCACCGCUUUCCAACGCCGGCUGCGGCCACGUCCCCCGCCGCCACCUCAGGCGGCGUUGGCGCGGGGGCUGCUCCUCCUGAUACUGUCGAGGAGGGGCUGGUCAUACGGACUCCGCUAAAAAGGAAAGCCACAUCUGAAGAAAAUGCUGCUGCUGACUCAAGCAGUUGUAUCAUUACCAGUCCAAUGCUCACUCCGGUCUCUGCUAAAACUGUUAAAGCUUCUAAGGCAAAGGCUAAGAACAGUAAAACUGGGCCUCAGACACCUACAUCAAAUGUUGGUUCACCACUCAAUCCACCAACGCCUGUUGGCACAUGCCGCUAUGACAAUUCACUAGGACUUCUGACAAAAAAGUUCAUUAACUUGCUUAAGCAAGCUCCAGAUGGCAUUCUAGAUUUGAACAAUGCUGCAGAAGUACUAGAGGUUCAAAAGCGGCGCAUAUAUGACAUUACCAAUGUCCUUGAAGGCAUUGGACUAAUAGAGAAGACACUUAAGAAUAGAAUCCGUUGGAAGGCCCUGGAUGAUUCAAGUGUUCAAUUAGAUAAUGGUAUCUCUGCUUUGCAGGCAGAAGUUGAAAAUCUUAGUCUGCAGGAGCAAGCUCUAGAUGAGCGUAUAAGUGACAUCCGUGAAAAAUUAAGGGGCUUAACUGAAGAUGAAAAUAAUCAAAGGUGGCUCUAUGUGACUGAAGACGAUAUCAAGGGAUUACCCAGCUUUCAGAAUGAAACACUAAUUGCAAUUAAAGCACCUCAUGGUACUACUCUUGAAGUACCAGAUCCUGAUGAGGCAGGUGAUUAUCUCCAAAGGAGAUAUAGAAUUGUAUUAAGAAGUACGAUGGGACCAAUAGAUGUUUACUUAGUUAGUCAAUUUGAUGAAAAAUUUGAGGAACUGGGUGGUGUUGCGACACCCGCCAAGCAUUCAAAUGUGCCCAGACAUCAACCAGCUGAAGAUUUCAAUACAUCAUAUGCUGGACAAAGUAGCACACUAAUGGGUGUGGCACAUGAUGCACAGCACAGCCAGAAGAUUCCCCAGGAUCCUAGUGCUUUGCAUGACUUUGGAGGGAUGACAAGGAUUAGUCCUUCAGACGUCCAUACGGAUUCUGAUUACUGGCUCCUAACAGAGGGGGAUGUUAGCAUGACUGAUAUGUGGAAAACAGAACCGCAGUGGGAUGAGAUGGAUUUCUUGUCAGAAGAUGUUGUCACCCCUCGAGCCCAUAAUCAGCAGCUGGUCACAGUUGAUGGGCCACAUAUGGAGGUUCCAAGCACAGAUCCAUAAGAUCAUAAUGGCCUCAACAAAACUGACAUCUGAACACCUGGAGCGGUGAGUGUUGAAUGGGAAGGAUUCUCGUGUGACAGUAAAUGCUUAUUAUUGCAACGGAAGAGCCGGACGAUUUCAUCAGGGAAUGUCACCUGGAGUUUAGUCAGGGCAUCAGUUCACAACUUCAGAUUGGUGCACACCGCUGUUGUGAAGAUUGGCGAGGUCAGCUUGGUUAACAAUUUACUGCCUGAUUGGUAACCUGCAGCUAUUUAGCUUAGCCGACACUGCUCCCGGCUUCUGUGACUUUGGUGUUGUGCUCAUUCAUCCCUGCUCCAUUGGCUUGCCAAGCUAUUAUCAUACCAGACCGGUGGACCUCCACUGAAAAAUGCUGCACAAUGUAUAAAACAUCAGGUCAAAACGGUGCACAGUGCAUGGGGUGUUGGCGUUACAAAACCAUUGGGUGAGCUAUCAAUGUAAGGCAGAAAAUUCUUUGUACCGCGUUACAAAACCAUUGGGUGAGCUAUCGAUGUAAGGCAGAAAAUUCUUUGUACAAUUGUUUGAUACCCCAGAUCAAAGCAUAGCUGUUCGAUUGUAAACAAAUGUUUCUAUGCAUGUAUCAGAGAGGAGCUCAAAUUGUUUGGCAUACAUUUGAUCCAUUCACAGGUUCAUACCCUGUUAAACGUAACAACCUUUGAUAACGAAGAAA